AUGGGUCUAUUCUCCAAUCUUCGAGGACCCAGAAUCGGACCUACCCACGACGAAUUGCCUCUAGCAAAUGCCUCCUCCUCUUCUUCUUCUUCAUCUAUCAGACGAAAGUUGUCGAAUUUAUUACCAAUCUGCGUGGCUCUUGUAGUCAUCGCCGAGAUCGGGUUUCUGGGUCGGCUCGAUAAAGUGGCUUUGGUCGAUACGUUGACUGAUUUCUUCACUCAGUCUCCGUCGCUCUCUCAGCCUCCUCCUCCUCCUCCUCCGCCGAGUAGAUCCGACAGGAAGAUCGGUGUGGUGACGGAGAGCUGCGAGGAGUGGUUGGCGAGAGAAGACUCGGUGACUUAUUCGAGGGACUUUAAUAAAAAUCCAAUCUUUAUCUCCGGUGGUGCCAAGGACUUUCAAUCUUGCUCUGUGGAUUGUACAUUUGAAGAUAGCUCAGGUAAGACACCAGAUGCUGUGUUUGGAUUAGGUCAUCAACCUGGAACUCUUGGUAUAAUCCGUUCCAUGGAAUCUGCUCAGUACUAUCCGGAUAAUGAUCUCGCUCAGGCCCGACGGAGAGGUUAUGAUGUUGUGAUGACCACUAGUCUUUCAUCAGAUGUUCCUGUUGGGUACUUUUCAUGGGCGGAAUAUGAUAUUAUGGCUCCAGUACAGCCAAAGACCGAGAAGGCCAUUGCUGCUGCUUUUAUUUCCAACUGUGGUGCUCGGAAUUUUAGAUUGCAAGCACUUGAAGCCCUGAUGAGGACUAGUAUCAAGAUUGAUUCUUAUGGUGGUUGUCACCGGAACCGAGAUGGAAAAGUUGACAAGGUUGAAGCACUCAAACGCUACAAAUUCAGUUUGGCUUUUGAGAACACCAACGAGGAGGAUUAUGUCACUGAGAAAUUCUUCCAAUCUCUAGUUGCUGGAUCUGUCCCUGUGGUUGUUGGUGCUCCGAACAUAGAAGAGUUUGCUCCUGCUUCGGGCUCAAUCCUACACAUUAAGAGUUUGGAAGAUGUGGAGCCAGUUGCAAAGAGAAUGAAGUAUCUCGCAGCUAACCCUGCUGCUUAUAAUCAGACACUAAGAUGGAAAUACGAGGGUCCUUCAGAUUCUUUCAAGGCACUUGUUGAUAUGGCUGCUGUGCAUUCUUCAUGCCGUCUCUGCAUUUUCCUAGCUACGAGGAUCCAAGAACAAGAAGAAAAAAGCCCUAGUUUCAAGAAACGACCUUGCAAGUGCACUAGGGGAGGAUCAGCCACAGUUUAUCAUGUUUUUGUUAGAGAAAGAGGCCGUUUUGAAAUGGAAUCCAUCUUUCUGAGGGCUAAACAUCUGACUCUGGAAGCUUUAGAAUCUGCGGUUGUGGCCAAGUUCAAGUCUUUAGAACAUGAGCCUGUGUGGAAGAAGGAAAGGCCUGUAAGCUUAAAAGGAGACAACGAGCUUAGAGUACACAAGAUCUACCCGCUUGGCCUCACGCAGCGACAAGCUUUGUACAACUUCAAAUUCGAAGGGAACUCGAGUUUAAGUACUCACAUUGAACACAACCCUUGUGCUAAAUUCGAGAUCAAGGAGGAAAUCGAAAGAUGUAUUAAAAAAUAUAUGAAUUUGGAACAAACCAUUACGUAUCUACAUGAAAAUUACCAUAUUCAUCAUGUUAUCACUAGCGCAAUUUGGGAACGUCUUCAUGAAGGUAAUCCAGAUUUCUUCAAAGAAUACUACAAACGAUGUGAAGUUGCUCGUCAAAUAGCUACAUUCAACGACUUGCUUGCUCAACAAGUAGACCUAAUGCACAAACUUAGAGAAAUUGAGCUUAGAAAUGUUGCACCAGUAACACAACUUCAGCAACCUAUUGAUCAACUUCAUUAUCAGCAUCAAGAUCAUAUUUAUGAUCAGUGGAUUGCAUCUAAUGAUUUUGCUUAUAUAGAGAACUCAAUCUCUUCUCUCAUUGACCCGUCGUCAUGGAUUGCUGCACCACAACAAUCACAUGUUUUUAGUUACGGUGCUGAUUUUCAAGAUUUGAUGACUAACAAACAUUGUACGUCGAGCUUUGUAACGCAAGCUUGUGAUCCAAGUGGAGACAAUAAGAUGAUGGGACAUUGGGCCGAUCUCUUUGGGCCGGGUUCGGGAUGGCUAUCUACUGGCCUGCCCAUUCCAAGUUGGGAGUUGAGGCUCCGGGCUCGAGCGAAAGCUUGUGGUGCGGACUCUCUUAGAGCGGAGGAGACUGCGUGA